GGCAGCAGGGAUGCUGCUGCCUUGGGUCCAUAUUACCUUGUUAGCAGGUUGCAAGCUAGCUGUCUAAAGGCGGUACAGUGCGGCUUCCCGGGGAUGUCCCACCCUUUUUAAUACAAACUGAGGACUCCGCGGUUUUUAUCGGCUCUACACAAACAGGACUAACCUCCAAACUUUGGCGACAUGACGACGCGGUCGGAGAGAGAAAAAGCCCAGAAACUGAAUGAGCAGCAUCAGGCCAUCCUGUCUAAACUGCUGAGGGAAGAAGACAACAAGUACUGUGCGGACUGUGAGGCGAAAGGUCCUCGAUGGGCGUCAUGGAACCUCGGGGUAUUCAUGUGUAUCCGCUGUGCCGGCAUCCACCGUAACCUGGGUGUCCACAUCUCCAGAGUCAAAUCUGUCAAUCUGGACCAGUGGACACCCGAGCAGAUCCAGAGUAUGGUGGACAUGGGCAACACGAGGGCCAGACAGCUGUAUGAAGCCCACCUACCAGAGAGCUUCAGACGGCCACAGACAGACCAAGCAGUGGAGGUCUUCAUUCGGGACAAGUAUGAGAGGAAAAAGUACUACAACAAGGAGGCCCUGGCAGCAGCCCCACCGAAGUCCUCUGAAGCUGCUCCUCCCUCCACCUCACCGUCCUCCCAGGCUGACAGGAGCAGACAGGAGAAGGAGCGUGAAAAGAAAAAAGAGGAGAAGAAGAAGGAUGCCGACAAAGUGGAGAAACACAACAACACAAAGGCAGAGUGUAAAGCCAGUCCCAAGGAAAGCACAGAGCCGGCUGUGGACCUGCUGGGCUUGGAUGCUCCAGAGGGAGGUGGGAGGGGCUCGGGUGGUGCUGCACCAAUCAGCGAUGAACUGGACAUCUUUGGACCAAUGGUCUCCAACCCUCUCCCCUCUUCCAACAACACACAGCAGUCUGGUUCCAGUACAGCACCUCCACAGGCGGACCCCUCCACCUCCUCCUCUGCCUCCUCCUCUACCUCCACCACUACCACCACGAAGGCGGAGGAGAAGAAGCUUUUAUCUAAAGACUCCAUCCUGUCUCUGUACGCCAGCAGCUCAGUGGCCAGUCAGCCGCAGAGCCAGCAGCAGCCUGUUCCAGGACAAGCAGGAAUGUACGUGGGCCAGCCUCAGAUGCCGUUCACUCCGCAGGGUUUUGCUCCAGGGUUGGGCGGACCUGUCCCACCAACCACCAUGAUGGGCGGAGGGGCCAUGAUGUCUGGAAUGGCGCUGCCUAACGGCGGCUACAUGGGCAUGCAGCAGCAGGGCGUGAUGCCAGCCAACCAAGGACAGAACAUGUAUAGCAUGCAGCAAGGACAGCAGCAAGGACAGUGGAAUAUGAGCCAGAUGACCCAGCAGAUGUCAGGCAUGGCUGUGAGUGGUGGAGGGCCGGCGCCAGCCACUUUCACCCAGUCAGGGGCCCCUGCGGCUGGCUGGCCUGCGGCUCCACCGGCAGCUUCCGGCCAGACCCUCAGCACUCAGCUGUGGAAGUGACAAGAAUUGGGUCCA